AUGCUAUUCUUUUCCUCCAUCGUUUCCCUCCUUGCUCUCGUCCUUCGUUUUGGCCAGGACAAACCGCUACAGAUUCGACCUGAUACAUUGACGGAGUCCCGUGCGAAGACACAAGUGCUGAUUCGCCGACCAGCACACACAAAGCCGCGACCUAGGGCGCGUCUCCAUAAUGAGACGGUUGAACCUGAAAAUUCCCCGGCCAAAGCUGAUGUCAUUGACUUGCCCGAAUCUACUUCAAAUUUGAGCUUGCAGCGCGAUUCGGAACCGCAAGACGAGUUAGCACGAAUACGAGUGCUGCUCCGACCUCCUUUAACCAAUGGGGUUACUGACUGGGGGAUUCCACCGGCGACAAAUGAGCCAUGGGAUCCAGCUUUGGAGGCGAAACUCGCUGGGUUUCUAGCUAUCAAGCGGGACCCCGUCGGACCAAAACACUUCAAUGACUCUCUAAUGGCCAACCGUUCAUUCCGGAAUCCGCACCUCUACACAAAACUUGUAGAAUUUGUCGAUGUGAACGAGCGUGCAACCAAUUUUCCACCGGAAUUAUGGAAUCCUAAUGAACUGCAGGAAGGUUGGUUUGCAGACCGGAUCGGUAUGUGA